GGAUUGCAACAUCGACCGUCCUGUUGCUACCACUCAGAUGUGAUCUCACCAACGUCUCAUUGCCUGAUCCAGCCGAGCAGCACUGACCUGAGAGAGUCUCUACACCUGUUGAUCUUCUAGAAGUAAGAAAAUAAAAUUUGGACUCAUGGGGGAUCUGAGGCAGAAGAUGGGCGUCAUGUCACAGACAAUAUGCCCGGGAUCACGGGCUCAGUCUGACGAGGACUUGAAGGCUCCAAAAAAAGAAGAGAAAAUGCAGAUGAAGAGAGAGAUCUCCCUCAUUAAUGGAAUCUGCCUCAUUGUUGGCAACAUGAUUGGCUCUGGGAUCUUUGUGUCACCAAAGGGUGUCCUCAUGCACAGUGGCUCUUACGGCCUAUCCUUAGUGAUUUGGGCUGUUGGAGGAAUCUUCUCAGUGUUUGGGGCUUUGUGCUACGCAGAGCUCGGAACCACUAUCACCAAAUCUGGAGCUAGCUAUGCCUACAUUCUUGAAUCAUUUGGAGGCUUCCUGGCUUUCAUUCGUCUUUGGACGUCCAUCCUGCUCAUUGAACCAGCUGGGCAGGCUGUGAUUUCACUGACCUUUGCCAACUAUCUGGUGGAGGCUUUCUACCCUACCUGCCAAGCGCCGUAUGACUCUGUCCGGCUUAUUGCUGCAGCCUGCCUCUGUAUGCUCAUCUUCAUCAACUGUGCCUAUGUGAAGUGGGGGACUCUGGUCCAGGACAUUUUAACUUAUGCCAAAAUCAUGGCACUUGUUCUCAUCAUCAUUGUAGGAAUCCUGAAAAUAUCUUCUGGAGAAACAAAGUCCUUUGAGAGCCCAUUUGAGGGCUCCUCCACAGAUCCAGGAGCAAUCGCUCUGGCCCUCUACUCAGCUCUGUUCUCCUACUCCGGCUGGGAUACACUCAACUUCGUCACUGAAGAGAUUAAGAACCCAGAGAGGAAUCUGCCACUGGCCAUUGCCAUUUCCAUGCCCAUAGUGACCAUCAUUUACUUGCUGACCAAUGUGGCGUACUAUGUGGUUCUGGACAUGACAUCUCUGCUGGCCAGUGAUGCUGUCGCUGUGACUUUUGGGAAUGCCGUCCUUGGGCCAUUUAAGUGGAUCAUUCCUAUUUCAGUGGCCAUGUCCUGCUAUGGAGGACUCAAUGCUUCUAUCAUUGCUGCCUCACGGUUGUUUUUUGUCGGGGCGAGAGAGGGCCACCUCCCCAACAGUCUGAGUCUGAUUCACCUGGAGCGCUACACACCCAUACCUGCACUGCUGUUCAAUGGGUUAAUGGGUCUGAUCUUCCUGUGUGUGGAGGACGUGUUCCAGCUCAUCAACUAUUUCAGCUUCAGCUACUGGCUCUAUGUGGGUCUGUCUGUGGCCGGCCUCAUCUACCUGCGUAUCACUGAGCCAAACAGACACAGGCCUGUGAAGCUGACUUUGGUCUUCCCCUUCAUCUACUGUCUGUGCAGCCUGUUCUUAGUCAUCGUCCCUCUGUACGGAGACACUAUCAAUUCUCUCAUAGGAAUCGGCAUUGCACUGACGGGGGUGCCGGUCUAUUAUGUGGCCAUUUACUUGCCUGAAGAGAGAAGACCCAAAUUCAUACGCAAGUUAAACGACUUUGCCACCAGAUCCAGCCAGAUGCUACUCUACUGCUGCCUGACUGAAUUUGACACCGAGACAGAAGCACAAGCAGGCGGUAAAACGCAGUGAGCUGCAGAUAAACGCCAUCCUUCGGGAGCCUGCUUUCUGCCAGAGGCCUCAGUCUUGUCCGUGUGGUGACGUUCAUGUUCCCGGAAAAACAGAAAAACAAGGCCUUUCAUGGACAGAGUGAAGAGGCGCAGGCUCACAAGAUUUGUGAGGAUUACUUCUGCCAGGUCAAGUUAUAAAAAGACCUGAUAUCUUAAAUGACUCGCCACAAAGGAGCAGGCUACUUAAGAAACUGUAAACUGUUGCUUUUCUCCUGAAAAAUUUGCUAUACUUUUCUACAGAAAGAAGACAUUUCUUCUAUGAGUAUUUAAUAAAACACUGGGAAAAAAACAUGUUUCUCAUU